UGAGUGUUCUUGCCACGGAAACGUUGACCAAUCAGCAACACCUCUGAGUGCGGUUUCCUUUGAGGAGGGCCUGUUGGGCAGCAGGGGAACACACAUGCAUGUAAGUGAGGUAAAGUAGAGACAUGAAACCCCCUCUGUUCUCAGUCUUCUGUCUUUUAACAUCUCUAACGUUUGGAGUGUGUGCAUCUGUAUGUUCAUUCCUCCUGCUGCUGCUGCUGCUGCUGAUGCAAGAUAAAAGGACACAUAUCAUCUCAGAGUUGUGGUACUGCAUUGUCUCUCUGUUCUCAACCUGAUCUGAGCAGAUUGAAAAUAGGCACAUGUCGCUUUUUAGAGAGCAUGCAAUGUCUUUUCUCAGUUCACACACUGAGCCGGGUUAACCACAUGCUGACUUGAGGAGGGGAGGGAUGGUAAAAGUUCAGCUUGAGAACAGUUUCACAUGAUAUGAUGAUUGAAAGUGUGUUAAACGCCAGAAUGUGCAGCAGACAGAAGAACAAGGCCGCUGUCAGGCAGACUUCAUUUUGAAAUGUUCUUACACCAGGAGACGUCUUGACAAUGUGUUUCUGAGGAUGUGCGUUUCCUAUUUUGGCCCUGUUUGGUAUUUUUGAGCUCUUAAGCAACGUGUUGCACAAAGAGUCCGAGAGACAGAGAACAUUGCAACAUGUGGAGAAAUGUGUUAACACCGUAGAGAGGAGAGGAGACACGUGAACUAACUGAGCGACACAUACGGUGGUACAUGCACGUCAGCGUGUCCUCAGAUGUUUGCGUCCCGGGCGGCUCACGGUCGGGUUAACGGGACGACGGCCAUCCCGUGGAGGAGCAGCCGGAGGAAGCCGACCCUGCUGGAGCAGCUGAAGGGUUCAGAGUGCGCCUGGUGCCCCGCGGCCCCCUGGGAAAGAGAGGGGGCCCGGGCGGCUCUCUGUGGGACGCCUGCUGGGAGUUUCCUGGUUGUACGGGACUCCACGACAUCUGUUCCCAGCCUGCUGUGUGUGUCUGCAGGAGGAGACAAUAAUGAAGCAGUUAUUGAUUAUUGUAUCAAAAGCACAGGCACAGUCUUCCAGCUGUCUGAGUCUCGUCUUUCUUUCUCCGACUUGGCGCAGCUCGUGCUCUUCUACUCGCUGACCAGGGAUGUGUUGGCUUUCUGUCUCUCCAUUCCUCUCUGGAUGUACGGUGUGACAGAGAAGACCAGAGAUCUCUCUCAACUUGAACCUGAAACUUGGCUCUGCUCCCCGCCGGACCAACAGACUGAUGAGAUGACCCAGAGAGAGCCGAGCAACGUGAUGUGCUCCAUACAGCUGACUUCCACCAACGGGGCCUUGUGUAUCAUCAACCCUCUGUACCUGCGGGAACAUGGAGAUGAUUGGCUGACCAACAGGACGACUUCAGCUCAGAGCGCCACUCCAUCGCCCACCAAUUUUAGAAAAGAGCGCCGCCUCAGCUCCACCAGAGCAUGGGCAGGAGCCGGGUUACUGAGUAAAAGAGCCAUCUCCAUGGAGCAGGACUCUGCUGCCAUUACAGAGACCUCUGGUCUGACCAGAGCCUUGUCAGCUGAUUCUCCUCAUUGCCCCACGACAACAUCAGAAACUUCAGCAGGCGUUGUUCUCCGGAGGCCCAGCAGAGACGCUGACUCCUCCCCUGCUCCAUACAGAGUGAGUUCUGGGAGCCUCACCCCCUCCACCCCCUCCACCCCUGGGGGUUCGAACCGAGCGUCUCUGGAGCUGCCCCCCCACGGCAGCCCGGUGCCUCUGUCUCCCCACAGGGUGUCCUGGGUCGAGGAUGGAGUAUGGCUUCCUCUUCCCAGACCUUCCUCUCGGCUCCAUCCUCCAUCUCUGGAGCUCGACUCGCUCUCAAUCAGCAGCAUCGAGGAGGAGCAGGAGUACCAGAUCCCCAGCCCUGUUCCACACCACCAGUCUGCUCACCGAUUGGCCGACAAGGUCAUCCACCGUCUGUCGGCCGUGGGUCAGGCCCUCGGCGGAUUGGUCAGCCAGAAGAAGAGACUGACCAAUCGCGUGCAGGAGCUGAGCGAGAGGAAAGGCUCGGCGUUCGCAGAGGCCGUGAAAGGAUUUGUGGAAAUGACGCUGAAGAAAGCUGGUGAUCACGGCGGGGUCACGGGGUCAGAGUUCCUACAGGAAGUGAGGUCAUCGCUCAGCUCACUGAGGGAGACGCUGCUGGACUAUCCAGACAUCCUGGCACUGUUGGACAGCAUCACCGACCUAAAUGACUCAGAGAUCGACUCCCUGGUGGAGCUUUCCCUCCACAAAGUGGCUCUGAAGCCGGUCUCCGCUCACCUCUACUCCUGCAUUCACACGUCCCGGACCAACGACGGCAGCUUCGACCGUCUGCAGAGCAACAUGAGCGUUCUGGAGAAGAACGGGGUGGAGGAGCUGGGCGGGUCUGCGGGCGUUGGGGUUCCCGACUCUCUCACCCUGGAGAGGAUCCAGCAGAGGUGGACCAGUAUGCACGAGGCGUACUCCCCCAACAAGAAGGUCCAGAUCCUGCUGAAAGUCUGCAAGAGCAUCUAUCACAGCAUGAGUGCUAAUGCUAGCUCAGGCACAGCGUUCGGAGCAGAUGACUUCCUGCCCUGUCUCACCUGGGUUCUGCUCCGGAGCGAUGUGGUCACUUUACACCUGGACACGGACUACAUGAUGGAGCUGCUCGACCCCACACAGCUGCAGGGAGAGGGUGGCUACUACCUUACAACUCUAUACGCCUCUCUUUACUACAUCAGCAGCUUCAGGCCUCGAUUGGCCGCCCGUCAGCUGAGCGUCGAAGCGCAAAACUCUCUCAACCAAUGGCAUCGCAGGCGCACGCUCCACUGCAACCAAUCGCGGCGCAGCAGGAACCGACGGACCAUUCGCAGGCAGGCGUGUCGGGACAGAGGGUCGCAGAACUCUGAGACGGACACCGAGAGGAGAGAGGAGAGAAGUGGAGGAGACGGGGAGUCUUUUGAUAAUGACGAGGAGGAGACACAGCAGCAGACAGAACCUGAGGCUCUGCAGCCGCUGGAUGUGGAAACACACACUCCUUCAGACUGUAACCAGAGAGAUGAGAUCACGAGCAAACAGGAAGAGAGACAGAUGAUGUGUGGAGAAGAGGACCACAGAUGAUUGUAAUGGAGAAAAAAUUGAGAUGCAAUGAGCUGUUGGACACACGUUUAUUUGACCAUUUAGCCUUAAAGAGGCCCUAUUAUGCCACGUGGGGUCUAAUGGCGCAUUUCCACUACACGGCCUCGCUCGGCCUCGCUCGGUAUGGCUAGGCCUCGUUAGGAC